CCAAUACAUCAGCACCUCCCUUGUAAUCUCCUCUGCUAAGCUCUCCUUGCAGUUCAAGCCUCAAUGGCUGUCACACGAACCAUUUUUCUCGCCAUGGCUGUGAUGGCCAUCCUGAGCACCGCAUCAGCGGCGAUCUACAACGUUGGCGAGCCCGGUGGAGCGUGGGACCUCAGCACCAACUACGGCACAUGGGCGUCCUCCAGGAACUUCAAAGCCGACGACCAGAUCGUCUUCAAGUACUCCCCUCAAGCGCAUGAUGUCCUCGAGGUCAGCAAGGCUGACUACGACUCCUGCAGCACCGCCAGCCCCAUCACCACCCUCAACUCUGGGAAUGAUGUCGUCACCCUCACCGCCUCCAGCACCCGGUACUUCAUUUGCGGCUUCCCUGGCCACUGCGCUGGUGGCAUGAAGGUUAAGAUCGAUAUUAUGUCUGGCUCCUCCUCGUCACCCGCCCCAGCCAGCGGACCAAGUGCAAGCAAUGCUCCCCCGCCGACCCCUGUCUCCACUGCCACCAAUGUGGAGGCCAUCGGGUAUGGCCUCGCUGUUUUGCUUGCCAUUGCUGGCCUCAUGGCUUGAGUGCAUAUCUGCAGUCGCAGGCACAUGUGUACUUUGUGUAUAGUCAAGUAAUUAUUACUAGCAACUAUAUGUGUGUAUAGUCAAGUAGUUAUGUGUAUGUUGGACAUAUUCAGGUUUUGCGUUUUGCUGAUU